AUGACCCUCGACUCCCUCCAGGAGCGCCUCGCGCAGCUCCAGGAGACGACGGCCCAGCUCAAGGACCUCAUCGACCGCCUCGCGACCCUGCGCUUCCAGCCGGGCUCCGUGCCCCUCGACGCCUCAGUCGCCUCCCUCGCCUCAGAUGUUAGCAUUACAACCGCUGAGGAAGGGCAGAACGCGGCCGCCGAGCUGGUCGCCGAGAUAGCGCAGGCCGUGCGCGACGGGGAGGACGACCUCGAGCUGCUGAGGGAGGACGUCGCGGCCGUGAGGGUCCCCCGGAGGGGCGCGCCCGGCGAAGACGGCGGCGGCGUUGGCGGGCGCAAGAGGGUCAGCUUGCACGAUAGCCCUGGCGGGAGCGAGGUGGAGAGGGUGAAGGGGAGGCUGGAGGACGGGGUUAGGAGGGUGGAGGGGGAGUUGAAGAGCUGCCACCUGCUCUUCCGCAAGGCCCAGCUCUCGGCCCGCCAGUCCCUCCAGCAGGCCCAGAAGCAAGAACGCGCCCUCCUCGUGGCCUCGUACGCCGCCGGCCCUCCCUCCUCCGCCGGCGGCGCAGGCAGCCCGACGACCGCCCGCUCGGCCGCCUCCUCGCCCGCGCCAUCGCUCCACCGCCGCCGGCAGCAGCAGCACAGACACCACCACCACCACAAGGACGAACAACACCACUCCUCGGCCGAGACGUCGGCGUCGGCGAGCGUGACGGCCGCCCUGCGCCAGAUGCACGCCCUGGCGGCGACCGAGGUCGCGCGCUCCGAGUUCGCGCAGCAGGCGCUCGCCGACAGCAGCGCCGCGCUCGGCGAGCUCGGCGAGCGGUACGGGGCGCUCGGCGGCGCGCUGGCGGCCAGCAGGGCCAUGGUCGGCAGGCUGCUCGGCGGGGCCAAGAGCGACACCUGGUUCCUCGAGGCGGCGCUGUGGGUGCUGUGCGCCACGGCCGGGUGGAUCCUGUUCCGGCGGCUGCUCUACGGACCGCUGUGGCUGCUCGUGUGGUGGCCUGUGCGGACGGGGUGGAGGGUUCUUGGGGGUGCCGUCGGGAUGGUCGGCGGUGGUGCCGGCGGCGAGCCGCAGCCGAGCAUGGUUGUCGUCGAUGGGGGGAGCACGAGGGUCGUCGGUAUGUUGAGCGAGGGGAGCGUGCCGACCGUUGGUGUUGCGGGCGGGGCUGGCCAGAGGGGCGGCGGCAGUAGCAGCACGAGGGAAGGGGAGGAGGAGGCGAUGGUUGACAAGGUCGGGAGGGUUGUGGAUGGGGAGGAUGAGGGCGGGAACCCGAAGAAGAGGGUUUGGGAGGAGGGGAAAGAGCAGGAGCAGCAGCAGCAGGACGAGGGUGAGCAACAGCAACAGGGAGGGAACCCCAUGAAGAGGAUGUGGGAGGAGGACAAGGAGGCUGCAAAGGCUAGGGGUGCUGCUGGAGAAGGUAGUAAGGGGAAGGAUGAGCUGUAG